AUGGGACAGUCCCUGAAGAAGUUAGCAGCCGGAAACGGAGUUACAAAGGAAGCAGAAAUUGGUAAAAUAGCGGCGAGAACUUUUGAAAAUAUGGCAAAAGAUGUGACGGGAGGAGAUUGGACCAUAACUGACGUCUAUCGUGCUAAACACCACAAAGGAUCAAGUAAGCUUACACCAGAGGAAUUCAGCAAGAUGGUUAAGGAUCUAGUAUUUGAUACAGGAUUUAAAGGCUUUGGAGCAAAAGACAUCAUUCUUUACAUGUAUGGUGUUCCUAUAACAAUGUUGUUUAUUAAGAACACAAUUAUUCCAAAUGCAAUUCCUAAUGAUAUGUUCAUACCGGAUGUUACUUCUGCCACUGUUUAUGCCCUUGCAAAAUUUAACAAGAUUUGA